UCACGUAUCGGGCGUCACGAUCCGGCACGGGCAAUCGUACUCGAUGCGCUCGGCCUGCAGAACAGACAGAGAGGAACAGACGAAGUGACACACGAUGCAUGAAUACAGACAUGGAUAGGUUCCUCGAGCCAGCAUUCAUAUGGGCUUGUCUUUGUGUGUACCUCGAGCCAGCAGUCCUGUGGGCCCUUAUGUCCGUUUGCCUUGCUGAGGUGGUAUGAGCGCUUGCUAACCCUGCAUGAACCAGAACCACAGAGAAGGAGAAAGAGAGUAGAUGGAGAGUGAGAGAAGGAACGCGUAGAUGUCAUCGAUCCAUCCGCUCGCGGUGGGUCUGUGUGCAGAUCUUUCCACUUGCGAGGAGGGACGGGGGCCUGCGCUCUCCAGCUUGGCCUGCAGACAUUAAUGGCAGCAUUGGCGGACUAUUGGCGCGGGCUGUUCCCUUCUGUCUGUUGUGUGUAUCGUACCACUUGCUCUUUCAGCCUGGCGAUCUUCUCGUCCUUGAUACAUAGCUGCUCCUGUGCCGCAGCCUGAGCGACCGAAAAGGUGUACAUGAGUCGAUCGAUGGAUCGACGUGUGUGCAUAUGUCUUCUGUAGGUACCAGUUGGCGCAGGGCAUUGGCGCUGGCCUUUAAGAGCUCGAUGCUCCUCAGGAGCCCGCCCCCGGCAGCCACGGCAUAGGUGAGGUACAAUUCGGCCUUCCUGCAGGAUAGACCGGUGAGACGGGAGCCAAGGAUGGAUGGAUGGAUGGAUCAGUCGUGUAAGCAGUCUGUAUAGGUUUACUUGUCCUUGGCCUUCAUGUCCUCCAGGUACAGCCUUUCUCGCCACCUCUUGGUCUCCUCGGCCUGCUUGGCGGAUCCAGCCGACGAAUGCCACUGCAAGAAUAGCCCAAGAUACGUAGCAAACCCCAU